CACGAAUCCCCCCACCUUACCCCUUGGUGUAAGGGAAGUUCAUUCCGCAAUGUUUGCAGUGCCAGGAUGGAACGUCUCCGCACCUUUAGCCACCCAAACCGAGACCGCGAAACCAGCCCCAGAGGGCAAGAAGGGCAAGAAGCGGAAGCGGAACACCAAGGAAAUGCCAGUCAAUGAGGAGAACAUCGGGGCAUACUUUGAUGGAACUGCAGAUACUAGAAAAUGGCAGGUUAAGGAGUUGGAGAGCAAGGAAACUAAUGGAAAUGUGGUUGACAAGGGGACUGGUGCGAACGCGCAAAAGGUCAGUAAGAAGCGGAAAAGGAAAGGCGAUACAAGGCAGGGAGAGAAGGCAAAUAGCGAAGUGACCGGAUGCGGCAAUGAGUACAAUGAUCAGGAGAAUGUGGAGGCUGUUGUUCAAGAUUUAGGAAUGGAGAAGGUUGUUACAGAUCACAAAGCGGAGUCAAGGCUUGAGAAGAAGAAGCGGAAGAAAGACAAGAAACCCUCAACUGAUUCUUUGAUAUCCGAUGUUUCACUUCAAGACAUUGGUCGAUCUAUGGCCACGCAAAAGACAGCUGCGCCUGUAGCACAACCCUCAUUGCUCCCAACCAAAACCCUCACCCCCCUCCAACAAUCCAUGCGCGCAAAACUCGCAAGCGCACGUUUCCGCCACCUUAACGAAUCACUCUACACUAAACCCUCUCAAGCCUCUCUCUCUAUAUUUGCCGAGAACCCGGAGAUGUUUGAAGACUACCACCGUGGCUUUGCUCAGCAAGUCGAAGUCUGGCCCGAGAAUCCCGUAGACGGUUAUGGACCUAUGAUCCGGACACGUGGCAAAGCGCGGGACAAGAAGUUCAAGAAUGAUAAGCGGGCGAGACAACAAGCCUAUUCCGCAGACAAUGGCCAGAGAACUGCGGGGCCAAAACCGCUUCCCCGAGACUUCAAAGGCAACUGCACAAUAGCAGAUCUAGGUUGCGGUACCGCAUCUCUCGCACAGCGUUUACAACCUAACCUCCAAUCCCUCCGUCUUACCGUCCAUUCCUUCGACCUCUCCAAGCCAUCUGGCCCCAACGCCUCACUCGUUACAAUCGCAGACAUUUCUGCACUACCACUCCCCGACUCCUCAAUUGAUGUAGCAAUAUUUUGCCUCGCGCUUAUGGGAACCAACUGGCUCGACUUCAUAGACGAAGCAUAUCGUAUCCUUCGCUGGAAAGGCGAGCUAUGGGUAGCUGAGAUCAAAUCACGUUUCGGCCGCGUGACAAGAUCUGGAAAACCUCCGAUAAAUUCCGUAGGUUCGCUGCAAAAAAAGGACAAGAAAGUUAAAGGCAAGAAAAAGAAGGAGGAAGAGGUUGCUAAAGAAGGCGUUCAAGGUAGUGACGAUGAAGCCGAGCUUGCAGAGCACGUGGAUGGGGCACAAGGGAAAGAGGGGACGGAUGUUAGUGCCUUCGUUGAAGCACUUCGCAAACGAGGAUUUAUGUUGGACGGAGAACCUAAUGCAGCUAUCGAUCUCAGCAACAAGAUGUUCGUCAAGAUGCAGUUCAUCAAGGGCACAAACCCGGUGAAAGGGAAGAAUGUCAGAAUAGAGAGGGUUGAAAAUGGGUUGAAGAUGGGCAUGAAGGGCAAGAAAUUCACAACCGUGUCUGAAGAGGACAAUGAGGACGACGCGAAGGACGGAAUGGUCCUUAAGCCAUGCUUGUAUAAAAUCAGAUAAUCUACUGAUAUA